CCAGCCCGCUCCGCUUUGGGCUCUGCCCUUCCGCGCUCUAACUACAGUCCGUGUGGGGUCGGACUCCUCCUCCGGCGCUCGCAGAGCGGCGCUUCCUUGCGCGCCAGCACAUCCCAAUUCCACUACUGUGCAAUGAAAGGAAUCUUCAUUCCUGGGAAUUGAAACUCUGGUGGAUUAUUCCUGGCUUCCUUGAUGAUUAUAAAAUGGAGCCCCUAUCAUUCAAAGUUAAAAAACUUCAAGCACCCACUGAUAUCUCAGUGGAUUUUAGUCUCCAGCUUGUUGGUUCUCUGCCAGUGCAUUCUCUAACCACCAUGCCAGUGCUUCCUUGGAUUGUGGCAGAGAUUCGGCGGCUCAGUAUGCAAUCUUCCAUCGAAGAACCUAGCACCAGCCAAAUCCGGCUUUAUGUUUCACCAGCAGGCCUGCGAUGUGAACCAGACACAGGAAAGAGCCAACAGUGGGAUCCUUUGAUUUGUUCCAGCCUGUUUGAAUAUAAGCCACAGCAUGUCCACAAGCUGAUUCACAAUAGCCACGAUCCAAGUUACUUUGCUUGUCUGAUAAAGGAUGGAGCAGUAAAUCAGCAAAGUAUCUGUUAUGUAUUCAGAGCUGCUGAUCCAACAAAAGUGCCUGAGAUUAUUGGCUCCAUUCGACAGGCUGGAAAAAUCGCUCGCCAAGAAGAGUUUCAGAAUAAUCCAUCAGAAGUUGAAGACCCUUUUUCCAAAAAGUUUGAGGUGUUGUUCUGUGGACGAGUGACAGUAGCACACAAAAAUGCACCCCCAGCAUUAAUAGAUGAAUGUAUCGAAAAAUUUAACCAUGUUAGUUGUACCAAAAAAAUGGAAUUUAAUUCAUUGUCCCAACAACGUGAAACUGCCAGUAAUUCUGGAGGAUUAUCAUUCAGUGAUAAAUUGCGAUCUGUUUUCCAACCCUUGGUCAGUGAAGAAGAAGAGAAAAGGCCAAUUAGGAAAUCUUAUUCUCAGCCUGGGCUGCGUUCCUUUUCUUUUAAGAGGGACUUGCAAGAUGGGAGUUGCAGGAGUAACAGUUUUGCCAGCUCUUUUGAUGAAACUGAGACUUCGCUGAACCUAAAACGUCAACUUAGCUAUGGACACAAUGUCGUGCAGCCAACAGAUAUUGCAGGAAACCGGACUAUGUUGUUCACGAUUGGGCAAUCUGCAGUUUAUCUCAUCAGUCCUGACACGAAAAAAGUAGCACUUGAGAAAAGUUUCAAGGAAAUAUCCUUUUGCUCUCAGGGUAUUAGACAUGUGGAUCACUUUGGGUUCAUCUGUAGAGAGUCUUCAGGAAAUGGUGGUUGCUACUUUGUCUGCUACGUGUUUCAGUGCACAGAUGAAGCCCUGGUUGAUGAAAUCAUGAUGACUUUGAAACAGGCUUUCACUGUAGCUGCUGUGCAACAAACCUCCAAAGCUCAGCUCCAACUUUGUGAGGGAUGCCCUAUGCAAUGCCUGCAUAAACUCUGUGAAAAGAUCGAAGGACUACAUCCUUCUAAAACUAAACUAGAACUCCAGAAGCAUCUAACAACACUAAAUAACCAGGAGCAGGCUGCUCUUUUUGAGCAGGUUCAGAAAUUAAGACCAAGAAAUGAUCAGAAAGAGAAUGAGUUGAUUAUCUCUAUUCUAAGAAACAUGUAUGAAGAAAAACAGAAGGAUCAUGUUCACAUUGGGGAAGCAAAGCAGGCUUCACAGCCUUGUGGAGAGACUACUGGAAAUGAGAUGCCAAGCAGUGCUCCCAGGUUCAGACUAGAUAUGUUGAAGAGCAAAGCUAAACGGUCACUAACAGAAUCAUUAGAAAGUAUCUUGUCACGGGGUAGUAAAGCCAGAGGUUCACUAGAAAGUUCUGGAAGUUUGGAUUUGGACAGCUCCUUAUCCAGUACAUUAAGCAGCACAAGUAAAGAACCAUCUUUGUGUGAAAAAGAAGGCCCACUUCCAGAGACUCCUGCCAAAACCAAUGGAUCUGUGGGAGAUCUCUCCAGUGACCCAGUUAGUCACCCCAUCGAGCAGCCUGAUAAAUUAUCUCAGCAUGGCUUUCGCCGGCGAGCAAACACAUUGAGUCACUUGCCUAUCGAAUACCAGGAAUCUUUGGAACCAGUUGAAACAUCACCAUCUGUUCCACAAAGGAAACUUAUGAGGUAUCAUUCAGUGAGCACAGAGACUCCUCACAAGCGAAACACCUCCUACCGUAUUGCCCUACGGAAAAAGCUUCAUUCUUCUUCCUCUGUGCCAAAUUUCUUAAAAUUUCUGGCUCCUGUAGAUGAAAAUAACACCUCUGACUUUAGGAGCGCAAAAAGUGACUAUGAGUCUAAACAAAGCCAGCUGGAUGUUGGCAAUGACACCCCUAUAAGGACUCGCCGGCAUUCAUGGAGACAACAGAUAUUCCUUCGAGUGGCAACUCCACAGAAAGGAUGUGAUUCUCCCAGCCGACAUGAUGAUUACUCUGAAUUGGGAGAUCUUCCACCCAGGUCCCCAUUAGAACCAGUUUGUGAAGAUGGUCCCUUUGGGCCAGUGAAAGAAGACAGGAAACGGACAACUCGGGAGCUUCGAGAACUGUGGCAGAAAGCCAUUCUUCAACAGAUACUGCUCCUCAGAAUGGAAAAGGAAAAUCAAAAGUUGCAAGCUUCUGAAAAUAAUUUGCUGAACAGGCGUCUGAAACUUGAUUAUGAAGAAAUCACUCCGUGCUUGAAAGAUGUAACUUUGGUUUGGGAAAAAAUGCUGAGUACACCAGGAAGGUCAAAGACAAAAAUUGACAUGGAAACAAUACAUUCUGCUGUUGGGCGAGGAGUACCACGUCAUCACAGGGGCGAGAUCUGGAAGUUUUUAGCAGAACAAUACCAUCUUAAACAUCAGUUUCCAAGUAAGCAGCAGCCAAAGGACACUCCCUACAAAGAACUCUUAAAACAAUUGACUUCCCAGCAACAUGCAAUACUUAUCGACCUUGGACGCACCUUUCCAACACAUCCUUAUUUCUCAGCACAACUGGGAGCUGGGCAGCUGUCACUCUACAAUAUUUUGAAGGCCUAUUCUCUUCUGGAUCCGGAAGUAGGGUAUUGCCAGGGCCUUAGUUUUGUAGCAGGAGUUCUGCUGCUUCAUAUGACUGAAGAAGAUGCUUUUAAGAUGUUGAAGUUUCUUAUGUUUGACAUGGGCCUAAGGAAACAGUAUCGUCCCGACAUGACUAUUUUACAGAUCCAGAUGUAUCAACUUUCCAGACUUCUUCAUGAUUACCAUAGAGAUCUCUACAAUCACUUGGAGGAGCAUGAGAUUGGCCCUAGUCUCUAUGCUGCCCCCUGGUUUCUGACCAUGUUUGCCUCUCAGUUUCCCCUGGGAUUUGUUGCCAGAGUGUUCGAUAUGCUCUUUCUUCAGGGAUCAGAGGUUAUAUUUAAAGUGGCUUUAAGCCUGUUGGGAAGUCACAAACCCUUGAUUCUGCAACAUGAGAACUUAGAAACCAUAGUGGAUUUUAUUAAAAACACUCUCCCAAACCUGAGCUUGGUACAGAUGGAAAAGACCAUUAAUCAAGUGUUUGAAAUGGAUAUCGCCAAGCAGUUGCAAGCUUACGAAGUUGAAUAUCACGUGCUUCAGGAUGAGUUGAUAGAUUCGUCUCUCAAUGACAAUCAGAGAAUGGAUAAGUUGGAAAAGGCAAACACUAGUUUGAGAAAACAGAACUUUGAUCUACUGGAGGAGUUGCAGGUGGCAAAUGGAAAAAUCCAAAACCUAGAAGCUACAGUAGAAUUUUUACUGAACAACGAGUGCAAAUUGAAGCAAUCCAUUCUCACUUUAGAGCUGGAGAGGAAAGCUUUGCUGCAGACAGUGGAAGAUCUACGCAUGCAGACAGGCAGCCCAGGUGGAAAACAUCUACUUACCAGGCAAGACUGCCUGGAUGCCAACUGACAGCUGCUAUUGUAAUGGACCAGACAAGUUCCACAAAGAGAAAGGGAAGAACUGUUUUUUACUGUCAUCAUUGGGAUUUGACACUGUCUUCUUAGCAUUGUCCAUGCCUUACUGUAGCUGAGUGAGGGGAUGGGAGUGUUUGCAAAAAUACGAGAAGCACGUUUCUCAGGGAGGAGACUCUUGCUUGUUAACUUAUAGAAUUCUUGUGAACUAUAAAAUAUGCAAUAUAAUGAUGGGCAGGAAUGAAUAACUAAAUAACAUAUGUACACUCCAGAUACAAUGUACUGUAAAUAUCUGCGGUCAUGGACUCUUCCAUAAGUGCUUCUAAACCUAAGUGCUUCAUAUUGGUUACGUGUGUUCCUUUUUCUAUUUAGAAAACUCCAUGUAAAAUAGUGUGCCCUGUAAAAGGCUGGAGAAUUACAGCAGUGAAGAGCUUCUGAACUGACUCUGUCUUUUUGGGACUACAAAGUAUUAGCAUUCACAGAUAGGUUGUGAUCAUACUCGAUAGAUUUCUGAGGGUGUAAUUCCCCUGUGGCUUGGCUGGGUUCCACUAAUCAUGUUAUUAAGGCCUCUGAUAACUGCUUUGUGUGCUUAAAAGUGUUAACUUAGUGGACCCUGGAGAGGAGGACUUGGUUGUGUGUAACUAUAAUUGUGGGGCAUUUUGCCAUCAGUUUUUUUAAAACAGUAUGUUUUAUAAUGUUUUGUUUUGACAUCCAUUGUUUUAGUACUGUUGAUUGACAUGAUCUGAUAAAUGUACCAUUGAAGGUAACUGCAUUUUACUUUCUCAACAGAAUAUACUGACAUUGUCAUGGCGGAGUCUGUCACUCUCACAGUAUUGUAGUGGAUUUAUCAUCAUGCCUAAAGGCAUCAUUUUAUUUAUUUCUGAUCUGCUGUGUGAUGUCAGACAGCCUCUUUCAGGGAACUGAAUGCCUGCUGAGUUUUAGUUUCAUUUGGUACUCGGUGCCCAUUCACCUUUUGGAGAAGAACAAUAUUUAAGACUCUUUCUCUGAAAUGGUGGAGGCACUUCAAAGCUUGAUUUUGUGCCAGACAUACUUAAACUGCUUUAUAAAGGAUAUUGGGCUAAAGUAUGAAUUAGGACCGCGGCCUAUUUACAAUGCAUCUUUUGCGGAAGAUUACACAUUUUAAAAAGCUCACUUUUCUGUAAUAUACAAUGAAAGUAGUUUUCUGGCCAGUUAAAGCAUCACUGUUUCAACUACAGGUGCAAUAACGUCCAAGGAGAUCCAGUUAACUUGUUGUUGUUUAAUUAGACCAAAUAGUACCACAAAAUUGUUCUUCCCCAAACUCAGUGUUACAGGUAUCAGCUUGCUGCUAUAGUAGAGAUUAGUAUUUCAGAUGCGAGUUUCCUAAAUUGUCAGUUUCUUAUUCUUAAAAUUUUAGGGCACAUUUAUUUCUCUAAUCCACAAUGUGGUGGAAGAUCUUUUAUCUUCAUGCAUGUUUCUCUAUGGUACAUUCUGCUUGCAGCUGUAAUGUGCACUCUGGUGCAAAUCAAAUACCAGCAUGUGGAUUAAACUGGAGAAUUUGCUCUUUAAUUUCUAAGUUACAGAUUGAUUCCUGUAAAUUUCUUAGAUGUGGCUGGUUCUCCAAAUCCACAUUGUUUGCUUAGAGUCUAAAUUCUAUACAAGCCAGACAUUACAAAUCUCUUUACUUCUUGUGUUUUGUUUUUGAAUUGAGAAACCAUACAGAAGCUCACACUUCACAUGUUAAAAUCUCUUUACAUCAUACUCUUUUACAGUUUGAGGGCUAAGUUAUGUUGCAUUUGGACAUCUUGGGGCCAUUACUCAUACAUUGGCUUUUUAUAUUAAACAAAAGAGCAACAGAGAAAAGUUAAUGAUCCAUGCCAAAAUUUAUGUUUGCACGUUUUGUUGCAUCUAAGAACAAAAACAAAGUUCUCUGUGUGAUAGUUCAGAAGCUAAUAUGUUAAGAGUUUCCCUGAGAUCAUAGUAUGAUUUUUAAAUAGUUAUUAAUGAAAACUGAUGGAUAUCAAACUUUUUUAGACACACUAAGAACCCCAGUUGUGAACUUGGGACCUGCCUCUGUAUCUCUUGGCUUAGGAUGUAUAUUUUUGGUAUGACUCAAGUUGUGCAGUAAUUUGGCUCGUGUUCUGCUUCUCUCCCAGUGUAAGUGGAGGAAAGCCUCUGGCCCAAAGACUUUUUCAAGAAUUUAUUUUCCUUCAGACAAUAUGAUGCUGAGUUGAAAUGGGGGCUAAAACAACUUCGCAGAGGAGAGUGUGGUUAGUAGGUAGGCAUCCGUUUUCAGUCUCAAGUGUCCACAUGUUUGUGACCGUUUGAUUUUGCCAAGAAGCAGAGCUUUCCAGGGUGAAACCUGUCCAUGUACAAAUGCACCAGAUUUUGCUAAAGUUCCAAAUAGCCCACCUGACUGACACACUGAGUCCCAGGCCAUCCACAGCACAGGAGCUGAGCAUUAAUGGGAGAACUGCAUUAGGAUCUCCCUUGCUUACAUGGCAUCAGAUGAGUGGGCUGUUUCUGUGGGAUCAUUUUCCUGCCUCUUCUGCCCUGUGCCACUAGAUCUCAAGGGGGUGUGGGGGCAGGAUGGAAGAAUGUGCAGUAAGGGAGGUGCCCUGCUCCAAGUCACCAACCCUUGUAAAGCCCAGGCAUUUCCAUGCAGAAAUGAGAGAGAAGUAAUAAAGCUUGGUGGUGUUAUGACACCUCUGACACACACCUUCAGCUCCCCUCUACUUCUGGGGACUCUACCAAUAGCAGUAUAGUUCUGUGUUGCUGAGGGAGAGGAUCCUGAACUAUCCCUACAGGCUGGCUGCUGAAUCAGAACAGAAAGCAGCUCCCUUACCUGUAGUUAAGAGAUACUAGCAAGUUGGAAACCCAUAAAUCCAUGUCCUAGACCCAAAAGGGAAAAAUCCUCCCUCCCUUCCAAGGGUACGGUCUGAGGAAAGCUGCAAGUUGAAGCUCACAGAAUUUUCUCCCCCUUGCCUCUCCCACAGGUGAUUAGUCUCUGUCCUUUCCCCCACCUCCCGCGAUGGUGCGCAGAAAAGGGGGAGAAAAAAGAAAAGGGGAAAAGGAGAGCGACUUCCCAGGAUUCCCCAGGAGGUGGUCCCAAGAGUUCAUUCCCAUGCACAACUUGCGCCUUAUGCUGUGCUCGUUCUGUGAGUAAUAUAAGGGUGCUGAUGAUGCACACUAGCGUACCAGCUCAGAAAUGCACUGUGAACAAGAGAGGGUGUCAGCUAGGGCAGAAGAGAGACUUGGUCUGUAAUGUGGCAGGAGCUAGUCAUGCCAUCUGUGACAAGAAAGAAUCUGCUCCACUAGUGCUUUGCAGUCAACGGCGUCCCGUGGACUGUGGAGCUGGUCUGGCGUGUGGAAUGCCACCCUGCAAUAGCAGGCUUUCUUUUCCUCGUCCCGCAUCUGAGGACAUGCCGCUGCCCUCAUUGUUGGCUCGUUGGCAUGUCUAUACCUUGGCCUGUUUAUUUUUAAGAGAUCAUUAUAUAGACCCUGAGAAUAAUGACACAGCGCCCAUCAUCUGAGGAGGUCGAUGCACUUUACAAAGGUGGGUAAACAUUAUGAUUCCCCUUUAAUACAGAGUGAGGAAGUGCGUCACAAAGGAGCAGAGAGAUUUGUCACAGGUUGCACAAUGUGUUAGUGGUAGCUGGGACUAAAAUCCAGGUCUUCUGAGUCCCAGACCUGCACUCUCAAACACUAAAUAAUUCUGCCCCUCGUUGGUUACUGCAAAAUCUCUGGCUUUUUCUGAUGUUACUAUGGUCCGUGAUAUUUUCUUUUCAUUUUCAAUUCCCCUUUUUCCUUCCCUUCCCCCCUCCAAAAUGUACACUCCACAAUGAGAGUGCUUCUUCAUGCUUUCAAAGGAGGUGGAUAAACCUUAGGCCAGAUUCUGUGCUGCAACUCUCAGGAGAGAGAACACAGGAAGGCAGAGGGGAUCGACGGUGGCUUCAGCCUACCUUUGUGGCUCUCAGAUUCUAGCACUAAUUAGAGCAGUGUCUUGGGGCUGGUCUGACUACUAACAGCUUCCUCAGACUUUCUAAUGUGUUAUUCUGCAGCCCAGAAUGUCCAGAGGACACAGUGCUGGAGUAGUGUAAAAAGCAGAGCAUGGGCAGAGCACGGGCUGGAAUCUGACCCAAUGACUGUAAUUACACUCUUCUCCCAUUGAUCUCACACCCACACACCCUCAGAGCCUGAUGGGCAGGCGUAGUUCAGCUGGGAAGCUUGGCUCAUGGAGAAGAAUGGGAACCUGAGGCACCAUGAAUGUAUUUUCAUAUUGGAGGUUUUGGGUCUUUGGUUUUCCAGCACAAAGUUGAAAUUUUCCAUGGAAACCAAACACUUCACAUUAAGAAUUUCAUUUAGUCAAAACCCAAUUUUCUGUCCAAAACCAGGUUUGAUGGAAAAUUUCUGAUCCACCCUACUUAAUACGCCUCAUUAAUAUAUGUGUCCCCAUUUUUGAGACACAUGUAGAUAUUACGGAACUGCUGGAGCAAUCUGUAAAAAAAAAUUCUGCCCUAUUACAGUUGCAGAAUUUGAAUAUUGAACUAAAGCGUUAUUUGUUUAGUGGAAAUUAAGCUCUGUUUGUUUCAUCAGUGCUCGCUGAAUGGGGACGUCUUGUGUUGGGCUGUGGGACUCAUUUGAAAAUGGGUAUAUUGGCAAAAAGGGUAGACCUUUAUUUGGGUGGUUUGGCCACUUUCCCUUUCUUGGAGCAGAUUAAGAUUUGUUAAAUUGGUUCCCUUUUCCAAGCUCUUGAGGGGUGAAGUAAAGAAGCCAUUGGAAAUGCACAGCAACUAGUGUCUGGGACCUAAAAGACCUGGGAAGUGUGCUGUGUGUUCCUGAGUGCUAUCUACUGGUACUUUAACACCUAACUCUUAAGUACAGACAUCUCUUUUAUAGAGCACUCCUAUUACACAGACAAGGUGGCCUGGUGUCAGGGGGCAGAGAUGCGAUGGGCAGCAAAUCCUAUUGGCCUGAGGAUGAGAGAUUCUGUCUGUUUUUGCUAGUCAUUAGGAAUCAAUUGCUAGGUCUGGGCUAGAGAGCAAGGAUGAGAGCAAGUUCCACAAAAGGACAGAAUUUCGUAGAAUCCUAUUUCUCUCAUUGGUCAGAGGAAAGAAUGGGGUAGAAGCGUGAGUUCCUUUGGGCAGGGGAGAGCAUCUGGGGAGGUUGGGGUUCUACAAUUGAAUAUUAAUGAGAACCCAGCAUGGGCGUUCUUUUAUGUUGUGUUCAAAUAGACAUCCAUUAAUUAAUAGAAAUUCUGUAGCUGGCUCGCGGGAGAAUAAUAAACCAUUUUUUUACUUUAUAUGCAUACACCUUUAUAUGCAUAUACCUUUCCCAUUCUUUUCAGUGCACAUGUCUUGUCUAUUUGAAGACAAUUUCACCCUUAUUGUGGAAUAAGAACAACACAUCUGACAAGUUUUAAGGCUACCCAGUAAUGGUCUCCACAUUCAACCUUAACAAUUACACAUUUCUCCCCUUGAAUUUAAGAGACUUAAGACCAUUCCUGCGAGCCUUACACAUGUGAGCAGUCUCUGGGCAGUACCAUUGCGAGUGACAGGAGUGAAGCUUUGCAUGAUCAUAUCCUGAACUUUAUUCCUGGUUUCUAGCUGUGUAAAUGAUUUCCAUAUAUAUUUUGUGUGUAUACAACAUAUAAAUGACUUGUAUUUUUAUAUCAGUGAACUUAAGUUUGCAUAUUGCAGUUUUUACCCAGUAAAUUUAAUUUUUGAAUGUUAA